AAAACCUUUUUUUCGAAAAAAAGAGUGUUGGGAAAAGAACUUUGAUUCCCAUACUGAAAAUUUAAAAGGAUUUGGUAAUGAAAAAGGGAUUCGCAUAAUCCAAAAAUAUAUUAAAAAAACAAAUAGAAAAUGUUAGAGAUAGAGAUAGAGAUAGAGUUAUAGAGAGGUGAAGUGUCAAUUUUCGAGAAGAAUACAUUCUUCUUGAAUAUAUAUGAUUCUUAAGGGCUAGUCGGUUGAUGGAAAAUUUUGACAAUAAUCAUAUGUUCAUUUAGUUUCUUUUUCUUUUUUCCUUUUUGCCCUUUAAUCUUUUAUGGUGUCCAAAUUCUGGGUUUAUUCUUAUUCUUAUUUUCAUAUAAAUUUUGUUGUUUUGCUCUGACUGUUCAAGUUUAGAAGAAGGGAGCUAAGCUUAUUUAUCUGUGAGUGUACCCUUCGUUUUUUUUUUCUUAGCUUAAAAUUUAAGUGCGAAUCUUCACUGUUUUGGGGUUUAUUUUUAUCUGUUUCUGCAUAAAUUUUAGGAUUUUGAUUAUCAGUUUGGUUAUGUUUCUUAGCUGUUGUUAUCUUAGUAUAGAGAAUAAGAACAUAAAAGCAUGGAAGAUGUUUGAUAAAAGCUGCAAAAGGGAAAAUUAUCGCUUUACAAGUCAAUUAUUGUUGUUGUUGUUAAUGUUUCAACUUUAACGGGGGUAAAUGAAUUGCAUUUCAGAUUCAAAAGUUGCUUAGAGAAUUUCUUAUUUAAGUGAUUGAAUGACUUGCUUGAGGAAUCUGAUUGAUGAGGAUUCUGAAAUCAAUGCCAAACCGAUCGGUCCUGUAUCGUGUAUCGAUGUGGAGAAUGUUGAAAGGCCUAAUAAGAAGGUCUUCUCGAAUGGAGAUUUAUAUGUUGGUGAUUUUAAGGAUGUUCUUCCCCAUGGCAAGGGGAAGUAUACGUGGUCGAACGGAAUGGUUUAUGAGGGUGAUUGGGAAGCAGGGAAAAUGACAGGUAAAGGAUUGUUACUUUGGCCAUCGGGAGAAAGAUACAACGGUGAUAUCUCGGGGGGUUACCUUCAUGGUUUUGGCACGCUUACAUCACCUGAUGGAUCCAUGUACGAAGGACAAUGGAGGAUGAAUAUACAGCAUGGAUUUGGAAGAAAGAAGUAUUCUUAUUCAGAUGUUUAUGAAGGGGAGUGGAAGGAAGGUGAGCAUGAAGGUAAUGGUAGAUACUUUUGGAACAAUGGAAACAAAUAUACCGGGAAUUGGAAACGCGGGAAAAUGCAUGGUAGAGGUGUUAUGGAAUGGGUAAAUGGUGAUAAGUACAAUGGUUGUUGGUUAAAUGGUUUGAGACACGGGUCGGGAAUUUAUCAAUAUGCCGAUGGGGGAUACUAUUUUGGAACAUGGACCAGGGGGCUUAAGGAUGGUAAAGGAGUUUUCUAUCCUGCUGGUAGUAAACGCCCUUCUCUAAAGAAGUUUUGUAUCUCUCUGGGAUAUGAUAAUGGUCCUAAAAGUGUGUUGUCUCAAUGCUCAUCAUUAAAUUUGGAGGGAAGCACAGUCAAGAAACGAAGUGUUAGGCGUAGUGUUUCUGAGAAGAUCUCAGUGAGUGGAGUUCUAAGAAGUUCAGGUCGAAUAUCGCAUAAGAGUGCUGAGAGUUCUAGACAUUCUGAUUCCAGUAAAGAAUCCAUGCACCAUUAUUCCUCAGGCACAUUCUCCUUUGAUUCCGAUGGCGGUCAAAGUGAGGCGCAAAAAAGUACUGCAGUAGUUUACGAGAGGGAAUACAUGCAAGGAGUUAUGAUCAAAGAGAGAGUCCGAGGUUACACUGAAUUACCAAAGAAGGCCGAAAAGAAAACUAAACAUCACGCCAAAGAAACCAAAAAGAGUUCGUGUUUUGGCAUUUUCAAAGGCAAAAACAGCUAUCAUUUGAUGCUUAAUUUACAACUCGGUAUAAGGUAUACUGUUGGCAAGAUAACACCGGUCCCUAAGCGUGAGGUUCGAACUGCUGAUUUUGGCCAUCGAGCUAGAAUUACUAUGUUUUUCCCUAGAAGGGGUUCACAGUUUACGCCUCCACACAAAUCUGUUGAUUUUUGCUGGAAAGAUUAUUGUCCUAUGGUUUUCAGGAACUUGAGGGAGAUGUUCAAGCUAGAUGCAGCUGAGUACAUGAUGUCCAUUUGUGGUGAUGAUGGUCUCACAGAGAUUUCUUCUCCGGGAAAAAGUGGAAGUAUCUUCUAUCUAUCUCUUGAUGAUAGAUUUGUGAUCAAAACAUUGAAAAAAUCCGAGCUCAAGGUUUUACUGAAGAUGUUGCCUAAAUAUUAUAAUCACGUGAAAGAACAUGAAAAUACUCUCAUAACAAAGUUUUUCGGGCUCCACCAGAUAACUGUACAUGGCAAAAGAAAGGUGCGGUUUGUGGUUAUGGGGAAUAUGUUUUGCACAGAACUGCGAAUUCAUCGUCGUUAUGAUCUAAAGGGAUCAACUCACGGAAGAUGUACCGAUAAAGAUAAAAUUCACGAAAAUUCUAUAUUGAAGGAUCUUGAUCUAUCGUAUGAGUUUCAAAUGGACAAAUCAUUGCAGAAAUUCUUUUUUCACCAAAUUGCUCUAGACUGCAAUUUCUUGAAAUCUCAACAUAUAAUUGAUUAUAGCCUUCUAUUGGGGCUACAUUUUAGAGCUCCUGAGCAACUAAAUGGCCUGCUAAAACCUCCCAUGAUGCCUAAUACUGAGAGUUCACCGGCAGGUCAAGGUCCGACUACAGAUGGAGAAGUGUUAUUCCCUUCAAAAGGCUUGUUGCUUGUGGCCCACGAACCCAGCUCCGUUAGCACUGAUCCCGGUCCUCAUAUUAGAGGAAGACCCUUAAGAGCUUUCUCUCUAGGUGACAAGGAAGUCGAUGUUUUGGUUCCCGGUACUGGAAGGUUACAGGUACAACUAGGAGUGAACAUGCCCGCACAAGCUAACCAAAAGCUUUCCCGGGAUGAAGCAGAUUCAGCUGAAGUUGAACUUUUCGAGGUUUAUGAUGUGGUUAUCUAUAUGGGAAUUAUUGACAUUUUACAGGAAUACAAUGCAAAGAAAAAGGCCGAGCAUGCAUGCAAAUCGGUGAAAUUUGAUCCCUUGUCAAUAUCUGUUGUUGAACCUGAGCUUUAUGCUCAACGUUUCAUCAAUUUCUUAAAGCAAAAAGUUUUCCCGGAACAACCAUGAAAAAAAACAGAUAUAUGUUUCUACCAUUGCUUCUAUAUUUUGGUUCACUUUGACAAAAUCGAUAAGCCAAUAACCAUCUGUACCUACUGUAUUGUUUGCAAGUGAUAUUGAGAUAUCUAAUAGCUAAGAAUUAAUCAAGCUUUGGUUCUGCAUGCAA